AUGAAACUCACCUUCAUCUUAUUCUUUCUUUUUGCUCUUCUCUGUGCCUGUGCGCCACAGAACCGGCCACUAGCAAGUUCACCCCAAGAAAAAAAAGCAACAGCAGAGGACAACCUCAAGGUGAUCAAACAGGUCGCAGCACAACAGAAGGUACAACUGGCCCCGAACAAACGGUACGCCCUGUACGAGAAGUGGCCGCCCAAGGGCCAUGGGGCGUAUGAAUGCGUAACCGGUUGGUCACAUGUUCGUCUAAUCGUGGGGACCUACAAGGAGGAUGACUGCGACGAUGACUUUUCCAAUGGCAUGUCGUUUGACCUUGGGAGAACCGGCGGUGACAAGAAAGGAGGCGAGGUCACAAUCAAUGAACGAGAGUGGAGGGCCAACCACAUUCUCGUUGGAGGCGGAGAUGCCGCAUACUGGCACAAAGCGUCGGCAGAAAGCACAUAUGACUGGGCGGGCGAAGUCAAGGAUGAUAUGGCAACUAUCAAGCGCAAAGCCACGCAAUAUGGAAAGGACCACGCGACAUACAACCUAAUCACCAACAACUGCUUGAGCUUUGCGAACGGGUUGUACAAGCAAAUCCAUUGA